AUGCCGAAGAUGGCGAUUGCGCCACUGACGCCGAUCUCGCAUCGCGGGAGGCCGCCGCGGGCGAUCCUUGCGUGCCUGGCGCUGGCCGUGGGAUUCAUGGCUCAGGGAGGAGCAGCAGCGGAUGUUGAGUCGAUCCGGGCCAAGUACGGCGCCAUGGUGACCACGGUGGCGCAGGAGAUGGCGGACCGAUACGCCCGGCUGGCGGACUUGGUGGAUCCAGAUGCGUGUGGCUGCAGCCACCACGUCUGCGGCAACCAGUUCCCGGAGGGGUCCUGCGUGGACAACGGGCACGUGGGGGAGGUGGACGCGGGGGAGGUGGACUGCGGCGGGCACGGGCUGUGCGGGCGCACGAAGAUGAAUCUGAACAUGUCGUCCAUCCGUACCCCCAAUGACCUCAUCCAGACAUCUCCGCAGCUCCACGAGGAC